UGCGCCGCGUCUGAUUUUGGCUGAGGAAAGGUUUGUGAUUUUGAGCGCUUUAGCGUUUAAGGUAUCUAAAACAAUACAGAACGUUCAAAAGUUCUUUCAUUUACAAAUGUACCCCUACAGCAUAAUACGGGUAAUGAGCGAAUGUAAUAUUGUGGUGCUGACUGGAUACUUGGUCUCUCGGAAAUCGAAACAUUUAGAAGUGUUAUUUUUCUGGAAAACUCCAGCUGGAACAACUGAAAUCAGCGGAAUAUAAUAUUGUACAGAUGGAGUUUAUUAAAGAGGAGAGUGACGACAUGAGUGAUCCAGAACCACGCAGAGUAAAAAGUGAAGAGACUGAGUUAAAAAGAGACCUGAUUAAAGUGAAAGAGGAAAUUCAACUAAAGAAGGAGCAACAGCAGUAUCAGGAGCCUCAAAACCUCAUUACCGAAGAGACUGAAAAUAAUUCAUCACAAGAAAUAACUCUGAGAACAGAAGCCAACAGUUCUUUCACCUGUCAUCAGUGUGGAAAGAGUUUCACACGUAAAGGACACCUUAGGGAUCACAUGAGAAUUCACACUGGAGAGAAGCCGUACACAUGUCCUCAAUGUGGAAAGAGUUUUACAUGUAAAGGAAGCCUUAAAGAUCACUUCAGAAUUCACACUGGAGAGAAGCCUUUUACCUGCCCUCAGUGUGGAUGUAAUUUCACACGUCAAGAAGAACUGAAGAGGCACAUUAGAAUUCACACCGGGGAAAGGCCUUUCACCUGCUCUCAGUGUGGAAAGAGUUUCACGAAUUCAGGAGACCUCAAGAGGCACAUAAGAAUUCACACGGGCGAGAAGCCUUUUACCUGUCCUCAAUGUGGUAAGAGUUUCACACAAAAAGACGGCCUUAAGGAACAUGUAAAAAUUCACAGUGGGGAGAAGCUUUGCAAAUGCAUGCUUUGCGGAAAGAGUUUCACACAUCAAAGAAGCCUAAAAAGGCAUAUGAAAGUUCAUUCUGGAGAGAAACUACAUCAAUGUUCUGAGUGUGGCAGGAGAUUUUCAGAGGCGAGCAAUCUAAAAACUCAUUUGCUCUCUCACUCUGGAGAAAGACCAUUUAAAUGCGAUCAGUGUGAUAAAACGUUCUUCUUGGCAGUUCACUUAAAGACACACAUGAGGAUUCAUGAAGAUGAUACGCGUUAUGUGUGUUCUUUUUGUGGAAAGAGUUUUUUAUGGCAGAACGGUUUUAAAGACCAUUUGAAAACACACAUCGGUGUGAAAGCUCAUGUGUGCACUGAGUGUGGAAGCACCUUUACCAGAGCUGGCGAACUGAAAGUGCACCAAAGGACCCAUACUGGUGAGAAACCUUACAAGUGUUCACACUGUGAAAAGAGUUUCACUCAGUCAUCAGGCCUGAAAGCACAUGAAAGAGUGCAUACUGGUGAGAAGCCAUACCUCUGCCCAUCAUGUGGGAAGACUUUCAACCGAUAUGGUAAUCUAGGAAAACAUUUAAAAAAGGCUUGCCCAAAGUUGUCACAGUGAGCAGUUCACCUUUAUGUCCAACACUUGGAUGUAAUCUUUUUCAAAAAGAGCAAUAUGCAAAUGUUAACAAAGGAAAUUCAAGAGAAGUGUUAGUUCAGAUAAUAUGUGUGUUGGUCUAAAAUGCCAUAGGGAUCCUUGUAUAUUGGGGAGUAGCAAUAGUUCUAAAUAAAGUAUGUGUGUGGUAGCAUUUCUCAAACAAUGCCAAGAACAGUCUAUUUUACAUUCUUAUAUCCAUAGCUUCAUCAAUAUAAAUUUGUUGAUCAUGGCUCUCAGAGGUGAUGCAUGGAGAACUGAAAAGGCUUGCUACGUAUUACGAGACAACUCGAAAUGACUAAAAAGUUGCUUUUCCACCAUCAAUUUGGACGGUUUUCGUUGCUGUACCAUGUCGGCCUGAAUUGAACAGUGCCAGUGAGCCUAGAUACGGUUUCUUAUUCGGCUGUGGUGCUGCGUAACCAGGAUUAGAAUGGACUGCAAGUGACCAAUCAAGAGUUGCCACAUCAGUAAAGCCCAAAGUAUCCACCUUUUUCCUGUACGCGGAAGUUGUCCACGAUUUAACAGGUUUCAAUUUCCAAUCUUCAGUGUUUUCACUUGCUUCGGUGUAUAUUAUACAGCAGGUAAUAUAAUUUUUAAGGUAUUACAUUAAGUACAGUGCUGAUACUUCACAGAGUCGAGAUUACCAUUUCUUUUAUUGACAGUGCCUCACCUGAGUGUGUAAAUGAAAUGGUCCGAGGUUAGUUACUGUUGUUAUGACAGCCAACAACAGCACAAGUUGAACCUGAGAUUCAUUUUUACUCUAAAACAACUUAAAUGGUUGUUUUUCUUCACCUACAUUGCUCAUUUUGGUAGUUUUUACAUUGCGUCUCAAGACCAGAAUCAGAAAACAGGCAUUUAGGAUCAUUAAGGUGCCGCCCAGUGGUUGCUCAGGAAAACUGUGGAUACUUCGGUCUGACGUGAACGCUAAACAUCUGUGCCCAGGACGCGUGAUGCAAAUCUCGUCAUCAGCAGAGUGCUCAAGCACUGAAUGAGCGCAGCCCAAUUUUUCGAACCGCACGUCUUUGAAUGCAUAGAAUGGGCAUGUGCCUGGAAUACUUUGCACUAAGUAGUGUGUCCACAACUUGGCAACACUCACAUUUAAGCCGUUGUCAGGAACAAGCGCUAGAAGAACACCGCUACACAACAGGAGAUAAAGGUAAAAACAACAACAGUUGAUGUGCACGUCAAGAGCACGUGUGUGGGAGGUCAGGAGAUACCUCCAUUUAUAUAACUCGUGUCUGAAGGAAUAUUAAAUACAUCUUUAUGGAUCUAAACUCCUGUAAAGAAAAAGUCCAGUGUCUCAUAGCAGUCGUAGCACGCAUGUGCCAACUGCCUCUGUAUGCGCUCACAGUUAUAUGGAGUAUACUUUGACGUUUGACUGUACGCAGACUUGGAGCGUUGGCAUCAAAAUCGAAGUAUACUUUGGGCUUUAAGACGUUCCAUCUGAAUGGUUCUCUGUCCUGAGCACAGUUAUCUAUUCAUGGCCAGGAAAGGUUUGUACUCACACCAUGCAGAACCAUGCUCAUAUGGAAAUACUACUGGAACUGUUUAUCGCCGUGCUCAGAACCGUUCAGCCUGACGAUGGAAAAGAGCUCAAAGAGUGCCAUGGUUUUAAAAAACCAAUCAACAACUCUUACUGUAGGCCUUACUGAGUUUGCUAUUCUGAGAUGCAGGUUGGCGCUGUUUUGGCAGCAUGAAGGGGACCUACACAAUAUUAGGCAGGUGGUUUUAAUGUUGUGGUUGACGGGUGUAAAUAUUACACCAUGUUUACAGAGAUUAGGGUUUGUAUUAUGUUUUGUUGUUUCAUGUUCAAUACAUGCUGUUAAUUUAUCUCAUCGGUUUUAUGCAUUAUUACUACUGUUAAAAUUUCAUUAUUCUCUCUGUUAGUGAUGCAUCAGGAUUACCGUAAACACUCAUAUAAAUGGGCAAUAUAUAAAUUAUGCAAGUGCAUUUUCUUUUAUUUCUAAUUUAAACCAGCAUACAUCUGUAAUAUAGGCAUAUUUCUGGUUCAUGUUAAAUCAGCCAAACCUUAAAUUUAAGAGCAUUUAAGAGGUGGUAAGAUUGUCAAGUCAAAUUCAAAGCUUUUAAAUGAAACCUAUUUCUCAAGUGAGUAACUUCAAAUGAAUUAGAAGUUCCAGGUUAAAAAUGAAAAUGUAAAAAAAAAAAUAUUAUGGUUAUUGGUCACAGUGAACUGUGAAUUAUUGGUUAUCAGUAUUGGCCUAGACCAGGAAUGGGCAACUGGUGGCCCGUAUAUGGCCCUCUGUAUGGUUGACUGAAGAUUGAUUUUAUUUCUUUGAAAAAGAGAUUAUGUAAAGAUUGCGUUCAGUUUAUGAUGUUAUUACAACUAUUGACCAGAAGAGGUCGCUUGUUCUUAGCAGACCUGCUGAUCACUCUAGGAUUCUAGCAUGCAACAUCUUACACUUGCAAAGGUAAAUUGAGCUAAAUUUGACCUCAGCUUGUCAGCGACAUAGUGCGCGCUAUUGUUAAUGUACGCAGGUGGAACCCAUGUCUUUUGUUUGCCUGGAUACGAAAUCUGUCAUUAAAGAUUUCAAUUUGAUUUGCAAAUACACCAUUGAUCAAGUGAUCAAAGAGGCGUACAGUAUGAGAGAUACAUACACCAGAGCUGCUCUCCUCACAGAUGUAAAGGGUAAAUAAAAUACAAGGGUAAAAGGCAUCAGAAGUUUUUAUGAAAUCCAUGACAGUGUGGGAAUCACCAAAGACAUCUAAUGCUGUUUCACUCAUGCUUGUGAAAAAUGAAAAAGUUGUUAUAAUAAUUUAUAACACACAUUAUAUGUUUUGCACAUAUACAGUGAACUUCUUUUUUUCUUCACAUAUCCCAGCUAAGCUGGGGUCAGACAUGAUACAGCACCCCUGGAGCAGAUAGGGUCAAGGGCCUUGCUCAAGGGCCCAACAGUGGCAUCUUGGCAGUGCUGGGGCUUGAACCUCUGACCUUCUGAUCAGUAACCCAGUGCCUUAACUGCUGAGCCACCACUGCACUGUUAUAAGAGGGAGAAACUUUGAAGAAAUGUGCGAUUGAUAUGCCUGACUGAUUGUUGAAAAUCUUGCAAAUAGAGAGAAUGUUCUCUGAAGCACGGGACUUUUCGGUCCAUGCAUAUGUUGUGGUGCUAAUAUGUUUUGUAUUAAUGCACUGAAAUGUUAUGUUCUUGUAUCCAGUAUUGUUAUAGAUGAUAAUAUUUCGAUUUUAACUAAUACCUAUAAGCUGUUUUAUGAGGUGGGGUUGAAAAUGUUGUCUGUUCAUUUGUGUGUUUGUCUGUUGCAAAUGUAGACAAUGCAAAUGAGAUAAGUCCAUCAAAGUUGCCCAUCCCUGGCCUAGACAUUCCAUAUCAGUGCAUUUCUAGUUAUUAGCAUAAACAUGAGUGCAACUUUGAGCUGUUGGUGGCACUAGAGGGUAGAGAUAGAGACCCAAAAUUAGCUAUGGUAUAAGUUUAAGCUGUCCUCUAUCAGUGGCAAAAGAAGAAAACUAACAGAUGCAAAAGGUGCUGCCGUUACCAGAUUGAAAUGUCAAUACUUAAAAUCAAAGUUUCUUAAUACUUUCAUGGAGUAACACUACACAUUUUGGAUGUUUACUUUGACACAUGAAUUCAGAUCAUAGAGCACACUAAUAAUUAACUAAUAGCUAGAAUCAAGAGUGUUAGAUAAAGGAGACAUCUAAAAUGUGUAGUGUUCGUGGUACUUUACGAAAGGAUUGAGAAACACUGGUCUAAAUCAUUGCUGAGAUGCAACCUCAGAGCCUUUUUGACAUCUUGCCAUGAAAUUUGUUGAUACCUUACACAAGAAUGGUUUGAACUAUCAAAAAGCUUUUAAUAAAUUUUGGCCAGCAUGGGCUGAAGAUGAUCUGACCCAAAUUUGGAAAAGAUGCGAUGAACACUGUAGGACAGGGAUGGGCAAAUUUGAAGGGGGCGAGGGCCAACAUUUUUUUCUCUAUUCUACAAAGGGGCCGGAUUACGGAUUCUGAGAGAGUUUGAUGUGCUCUGACUUUACAACUAGGAUGAAACAAAUUGUAAAUUAAACAAACAUACUUGACAACGUUACACCAAAACAAUACUUGACAAAAGACAAUGGCAAACAUGAGGGCUUAAAUACAUGAACAUGGGGUAACCACAUGACAGAGACAACCAAUGACGAGACUAAACUAAUGAACAUGAUAAGGCAAUGAAACAAGAACUAAUGAUGAAACAGAACUGAUAACAAGACUCAUAAACAUAGACCAAUGAAGAGACAUGACCAAUAAACAUGGUGGAAAAUGUUUAAAACACAUUAAAACAUGACAAUAAUAUUACUGAUAAUUCCCAGUAACAAGUUUUUUUUUUUAAUGCUUUUUAUUUUUUCAAAAACUCUUUUAUAAUGAUCCCCAAGUUAUGUUAAUGCUGUCAUAAAUUGUUUUCUAAACUUAGGUAUAUUCACUACAUUUCCAUUAACAAAAUGUAUAACAAAUUCAUACAUUUUCCACCAAAAAAGUGUAUUGCUAUUAUUCUAUAUUUUUAUUCCUUCUGUAAGACUAUUUUAAAUUAAUUUGGGAUCUUAUUUAAAGAAUGUGACAGGCAAGUCAAUUUGCAGUGUUUUUCAUUUUAUUUCAGUAAAUAACUGAAGAAGUCGUUGCUUAUUAAUUGGCUUUGAGUGACAUUAGAGAUUUUAAGGGAUACGAUGGUUUUUAUCUAUGGUCGUUUCAGUCAGGACCAUUUGCAUCAAGUGUAUCAAUUUUACUUUCAUUUGAAGUAAUAAUUUCAUUGUAUGCUUCUUUUCUGGGCUGUCACUGCCCAGCCAUUCAUGGGUAGAGCAGGGAGAACAGAACUGAAUUUAUAGUUUAUCAGACAUAAAGUAGCAUUGGUCACAACAGGCAGGGAGGCAGAAAACCAGAUGAAAAAAAGCCUUAAUUCAGAGAGACACAAGGAACAUACAAAACUCCCUGAACAAGUAACAGGAAGACAGAAAGCAGAUGAUCUAACACAUGAUGAUCUAGCAAAAAGCUAAAUAACAGGCAGAGUAUAAAUUCAAAGGGGAAAGGAAGACACUAGCACAAUAAUUAUGUGGGUGGAUGUUUUUUCUAAAAUAAUUCAUUAUUGUACUCAUGUUAUAAAUACUGUAAUAAUCGCACUUGUAUGAAGUCCAUCUAUCCUCUGAGAAGUUACUACACCCUUUAGAAUGAGAAAAUAUUUUGAAUUAUAGUGAUUUUUUCCUAAAAUAAUUGAUUACUGUACUUUGAUCAUACUGUAAUCUCACCUGUAGUAAGUCCAUCUGUCCUCGGGGAAGUUACUACAACAUUCUGAAUGUGAAAAUAUCAUUUUGGUGAAUUUGUGAUUUUUUUUUCUAAGAUAAUUGAUUACUGUACUUAUAUAAUUGAUCUGACUGUAGUAAGUCAGUCUGUCCUCUGGGAAGUUAUUACAACAUUCCGAAUGUGAAAAUGUAUUUCACUGUUUUUUUUUUUUGGUUCCCCCCCAUGUACAUCCAUUGAAUGAAUGGACAUCUCCUAUGUUUUAGCGUAGUGGGUGGAGUUUCCAGACGGUCCCUUACAUCUGCUAGGCAGUCAAAGCGCAUCGGAGAAUUUUAGGCAUAAUUUUGCAGUCACACCAAGCGUUGACUGUUCUGAAUCCAAUUUUUAUGCCCAUAUAGUAUAGUUGUACUCCCUUUAAACCAAUUGUGCUAAUGACAUCUUUGUAAGAUUGUCGACUGAAGAUAGCGCGGGUAAGAGAAUCCGAAUAACCAACGAAUGUCGAAUUUAAAACUGACUUUACCUCGGUGUUUUACCGGGCUCAAGUAGGAUUUUUAAUCAGCCACUUCAAUGCUUUACAACUUCACAAACUCAUCAGCUUCACGGGCACGUAGUCACUUAAACACAUCAGCUUCACAUACAUAACAGGUUAAACGUAACAGCUUCAGAAACGCCGUGGCCUUCCUUUUGCCAGACUCUCCUCUUUGCUGGUGGCGUGGCUGUUUAUAUGCCGCUCUCCCCAUGCUCACUGGAAUUAAGAGACAGGUGUUACACAUAAUCUAGCUCAGGUGCAAGUGAUCUCAC